CGGAAGCAUUCCCGCCCAUCUUGCCUCGGCUAGCCUCUAACACAUGAUCCUGCCCACCGCACUAUGAAACACUUCUUAAGCAGGACACUUCUCCACGCGACCCUCGCUCAUGAGUGUUUCCCCCGUCUCCAUUCCUGAAGCCGUACCACAGCCCCUUAUAGCCUGAGCGGUGUCCGGGAGACACUCGAGCUACCCAUUCCCCGCGGCAUGUACUCCCUCUUGAGCGAUCUCCCCCCAAGAGACAGCAUUUUAGUCGUCGCGACAUGCGCCCUAGCAACUCAUCUCGUUUUCAACCGCUUCGAACCCACCGAUCUCCCCAUAGUCGCCGCCGCACUCCUCGCCCCACCUACCGCACUCUCACCGCUACUCGCCCACAAUUAUGGCAUCCUCGGAGGGAUUGCUCUAUCGUUCGCCAUUUUCUACGCCACGCUCGUCUCCUCGGUCUUUCUAUACCGCGUCACGCCGUUUCACCCACUUGCUCGCUAUCCAGGCCCGUUCCUCGCCAAAAUCACGAGGUGGUAUUGGACCCUAAUCGCCGUUAAGGGUUAUCAGCAUAUUGAACUCAAACGCUUGCACGAGAUCCAUGGCGACAUCGUCAGAAUUGGCCCUAACGAGCUCUCGUUCCGUGAUGUGUCGAUGGUUCAACAUAUUAUGGGCGCACACGGGAUGCCCAAAGGGCCUAUGUGGGAUGGGCGUGCUUUCAAGCCACCCGUCCUUCCACUUGUCGGCUUGCGUGAAGUUGCCGAACACUCACGGCGCCGUCGACCCUGGAACCGCGCCUUCAGCACGGCCGCACUCAAGGAGUAUGAGCCCGUCAUCGCGAAGCGCGGCGCCCAGCUCGUCGAGAUCCUUGCGGAAAGGAAAGAGGCUGAUUUUGCGCGCUGGGUUCAUUUUUUAACCUUUGAUAUCAUGUCUGACGCGCUCUUCGGUGGUAACCUUGGUGCAGAGAUGAUGGCCACCGAAGACAAGGAUGGUAUAAUGCGCAGCAUGAAGGUGGGCUGGGAGGCUGGCCAGGUUUUUGAACACGUCCCGUGGUUCGGCUACUGGGUGCGAUACUUCCCGAAGCUCGGCGCACCUACCCAGAAGUUCCGAGCAAUGUGUAUCGAGCAGGGCAAGCGACGGUACCAGGACGGCUCGAAGCAAAAAGAUCUCUUCUACUACCUGAGCAACGAAGACGGCUCGGAGAAACAGACGCCAGACAUAACUACCGUCCUUUCGGACUCUGUACUGGCCAUUGUUGCAGGCUCGGAUACGACUGCAACUGUGUUUAUUAACCUCCUGUACUGCCUCCUACGAAACCCGGAAGCAUACAAGCGGCUCCAGGCCGAGGUUGACCAGUUUUACCCGCCUGAGGAGAACUCGCUCGAUCCCAAGCAUCAUCUGAAGAUGCCUUACCUCGAAGCCGUCAUAAACGAAACCUUGCGGUUGUUCCCCGUAGUCCCGAGUGGGAGUCCGCGCGCCCCUGAGCGCGGAAGCGGCGGUGCAGUCGUCGGCCCCUAUUUCAUUCCAGAGAACACCUGUGCGCGCGUGCACUUCUGGUCCGUGCACCACGACGCCCGCAACUUCUCGCUGCCGGAGACGUUCCUCCCCGAGCGGUGGCUCGUCGCCGAGGGCGUCGAGGACGCGCGGGCGGCGGCGCUGGGACUUAGGCCAGGGUCGCUGACGCACAACAUGAACGCGUUCGUGCCGUUCUCGUUUGGACCCUGGAACUGCGUUGGCAAGAACCUUGCGCUACUCGAGUUGCAGUGCGUCACGACGCACAUGAUGCAACGCCUCAACUUUCGCUUCCAGAAAGGCUGGGACCCCUCAAUGUGGGAGCCCACUGUGCAGGACAAGUUUGUCGUCAAGACGGGCAGGCUGCCAAUUAUUGUGGAGAGGAGGUUCUAAAGAGGCACUGCGCUCUGGAGUGGUAUAGUCACUUCAUUUAACCGGUCGAUGACAGUCGACGUGGGGAGUCGGAUGUCACAUUUUACACUAUUUAUCAAGUUACAAGGCCUACAUUGUACUUCCUGUAUGAUCACACCACAAAUCUUGAUCACAGUAGUCCCGGUUCCAGGCUCUCGACCAGCUGUUAGAGAUCUGGAAUUGUAAUGGGGGCUUUCGGAGUUC